CCAGCAGCACUUUUAGCUAGCGUUACAUCCAAGUGUUUAACGUGUCAGCUGCGGAGACCUUUCAGUCGUCGCUGCAAGUUUUUACCGUCAGUAAUGAUACCGGUGGCUAUCAGGUGAUGUUAUAAAAUCUUUUUUGAGGCUUUAUUAGACGGCGUCAAAUUGCUGUCAUAAAACUAAUCCUAGCGUUGGAGCUAAAUAAGCUAGCUGAGUCUGAGAUGCAACUCUGCUUCGCACCGCUUACCUCUUACGUCUCUGAAGCUUAAAGCUGCUCUGUGCUGAAAUGGUGCUUUCCUUGGUGAGCCUUUGUGCCAGGGAGGUGGUUAGUGACCAUAGCUCGUCGCCCUGCUGGCUAAAGUGGGUGCCCAGAGAGCUUUACAGAGCACUGCUGGAGGCCGCCUUCUCCAGCUGUAGACCGCUGGCUGUGGGUGAGCUGGUACAGCGGUGGCCUGAGCGCACUUUGCGGGUCGGAGGACGGAGGAAACCGGGGCAAACUGCGCCAAAUCGACUCUGUAUUCAGUCUAUGUUGCUUGCUGUCGUUAGAGGACUGUCAGACCAAAGGUGUUCGCUGCGAGUCUUGGACCUCUGUGGACUGCAAGGAGAUGAAGGAGGGAUGGGGGACCCGAUGGGAGGCUGGUCUCUGACAGUAGCUCUCUGCACCAUGGUCGUUCAGGCCAGAGCUGGGGCACAAAGGGCGCACAGGAAAGAAGGAGACCGGGAGAGAAAACGGAUCUCAGCUCUGGAAAGAGAGAGUGACUUAAAAAGAGAGAGGGGGCAGAGGAAGAGGGAGGAGGGACUAAAGAGUGAUCAUUCAAGCAAUGUCAGUGAGAGGAUUGAGUCUUCAGGGCACAUGGGUGAAGAGGAGGUGAGUAAAGGAGUAAGGAGAAAGAUGGAGAUGGAGAGGAAAAGAGAGAGGACAGUAUCAGGUUUAGGGGGCAGUGAGAGGGAGGCUGAAGAAAAAGCGGUGGAUAGUGAUGUGUUGGUGCAUGUGAGAGCUGACCUUUUUGUUAAUGGACGCUCUUGGGAGCGUGUUCGUACAGCUCUGAGUACAUCAGGACCCCUAAAGCUUCAGUGCAGAUACCUGCGCGUGGAAGAGAUUUCAGUGUCAAGUAUCAGGACCCUGCUAGACCUGCUGCCUCGCAGGGGUCUUCUGGGUAUCGACAUUCGCUACAGCAGCCUUGGGGUGGCUGGUUUGGCUGAACUGCUGCCUCUGCUCUCCACGUUUCCUGCACUGAAAUCUCUUCGCCUGCACUACUGUAAUCUGGAUUUUCGCAGAGACCAUCCCGGCCAGUCAGAGGCAUUGAGGGAGCUGUCACAGGGUCUGGCGCGCCUACAGGAACUGCGACGCCUUAGCCUCACUGCACUGCGCCUGCCUGGUCAGCUUCGUGUGCUGCUCAGCUCGCUUCCUCAACCUCUAGAGAUACUGGAGCUGCCCUAUUUGUGCCUGAGUCCAGCUGACCUUGCCUAUCUGUCCUGCAGCCAUCACGCUUCUGUGCUGCAGCAGCUGGAUUUAAGUGAAAACCGUCUGGAUGAAAACACACUGCCUUCCAUUCGCCGCCUCCUCUCCCAGGCUUCAAGCAGCCUGCAGCACCUCUCUUUAAGUGGUUGUGGGCUGACUGAUGGCCUGUUGGGGCUCUUGCUGCCCUCACUCGAGGGUUGCUCGGCCCUCAAGAGCUUAGCUCUGGCCUUAAACCCACUGUCCGUGGCUGGCCUCAUGGACUUGGUGAGGAUGGCUGUAAGAAUGCCCUCCCUACGACAGCUGCUGUACCCCAACCCCCUCGAGGACUACCAGCCAGGCCUUCCUGAACUGCCCUCCAGUGCUCAGCUCCUAGACUGGCCUCUAGAUGAAACCACAGACAUCAACCUGACCAGCAGCCAGCUCAACAGGGUUCUGAUAGACAGCGGGCGUUCUGACCUCUUCCUGACCUGUGACCUGCUCAACUAUGAUAAAGACUUGAUAGACUAGAGCAGAGGUGCUUUUUAAGCACGUUCACCAACAUACCAUAGCAAUGUACAGAAGCCUAACAAUCAAAUUGUCACCUGAGAAAUCAUUUAUUCUUUUUCCAAAAAAAAAAAAAAUGUUUAGCCUUUUCUCUGUCACUAUUUGUCUUGUGAAAAUUUUAAUGCAUUUAAGCUUUUUCAGUCAAAAACAGGCAAAUAAAGGUAGCAAGACAUUACUCAGUAAUACACAGAUAUCCACAAAGGCCCAAUAAUCUUGGCCACUAAUUUUUCUAAUAGAUUCUGGAUAUGAAAAUGUUAAAUGUCUAGGCAAGGGUCAACAUUUUUGGUAUCAGUAGAUUUCUUCUUUCCAUUUGUAGACUGAAUGCUGUUGACCAAACACAUUUGAGCAGUGUUUGGUUGUGUCCAGGUAAAGAGUCCAUGUGGAGAGCAAAAAAGGGACUAUUUUUUUUAAAUGCAUCCAAAGACAGUGUGCUGUUUGUCUGACAACUUAGCUUUUUGUUAAAGUUUUUAAAACACUUAGCUUCACUCAUAAUCAAUGACCAUCUGACUGAAAUGUUAAUCUUGGCUCAGGUAUUUGCUGGUUACACCAGAAAAUGAGAUGUGGCCCCCUAAGUCAGCAGGUUAGCCAAUGGUUUUCCAGAUUCCUGGGCCACCAAAUCAACAAGUGAUUGCAACCCUACAGCAAAAGGUGACAUGCAUCAGUGGAAAGGUUGGUCUGACACUGCUGCAGAUGAGAUUUCUGUUUCUGAGGCGAUAACCUCUGCUGAAAGGUGGUAGAUGCUGUCAUUCAAUCAGAACAUGCUGCAUUACUUUAAUAAAUUUGCUUGUUGACUUUAUAACUAUAAGUACGACAUAAGUCAGUACAAGAUUUGUACUGAUGAUGAUUAGCCUUUUAAUAAUCGGCCCUUCAACAGACUGGCGACCUGUCCACAGGGCACCCUGCCUCUCGCCCUAUGACGGAUGGAAUAGGCUCCAGCCUCCCUGUGAGCCUGAAUUGUAUAAGUGGAAGAAAAUGGAUGGAUAAUCAGGUCACAGUUGGGAUACAUUAGAAUACUUUGUGUAAACGGACAGUUCAUUCGCAUACAGUGAUCAGCUGAUACAUGUGCAUGAUUGCAUGCCAACAACCAAAACCACAAGUUAGUGAUUUCCUCUGAGAAUGAAUGUAACUGCUUAUUAUAUGGUUAUAUGAUCAUGUUUGUACCUUUUUUUUAAGUCACUAAGUAAUGCUCUCUUGUGUCUCUGCAAUUCUAAGUCACAUAUCUGCUGUACUGUGUUUUUUGAAUGUUAGUUUUUACAGUCACCAGCAUUAAGAAAUAACUGUGCCGAAUCAGCCUUAUGUGUAUUACAGAAAUGGACGUAUACGCUGAAAGUCACAGAAUAAAUCACCAAGGUUUUAUUUAAUUUUUGGAAAUUGUUUCAAAACAGGGUGGGUUACUGAGCCUUAUGGGAUUGUUACAGGCCAUUACAGACUGAAGGGCAUCAUCUGUAGUACUCUACCCAAGACUGCAGUUGAAUGAAGUAGUGCCAAGUUGAGGCCUUCAGCCAGUCUUCUUCUGAAUAGACGUGAAAUGGGCCGAGAGUCACUCGAGGUAAUGGCAAAGUGAUGAAAUUGGGGAAAUGCAUGAGGAAGGG